GUGUGAAAACGAUUCCCUCCUUCCCUCCUGUGCGCAUAAAAUUCCUUUGCUUUCCUCCUUCCCCCUUUCUUCUCCCCGGACCUCCUGAGCUGGGACGACCGGCGGCGUUGGCACGCCUUCCUCCUGCUUCUCUACGCCGUCUCUGGUUUAUGAGGUGCUUGGAAUAGGAUGGCAUUGGUCACCACUGCUGAAGUUUGUGAUGCAAACCCCCAACUGAUUGGGAGCGGUGAACUUCGGGCACUGCAACCUAUUUUUCAGAUCUAUGGAAGUCGCCCAGUCUUCUCUGGACCAGUAGUCACACUUAAGGUCUUUGAGGACAAUGUUUUGAUUCGUGAGUUUCUAGAAGAAAAGGGCAACGGCAGAGUUCUUGUUGUUGAUGGCGGCGGGAGCUUACGGUGUGCUAUUCUUGGGGGAAAUCCUGUUGUUCAGGCUCAAAAUAAUGGUUGGGCUGGCAUAGUUGUGAAUGGCUGCGUCAGAGAUGUCGAUGAGAUCAACGGUUGCGAUAUUGGGGUGAGGGCAUUGGCAUCCCAUCCAAUGAAAGCCAAUAAGAAGGGUAUAGGCGAAAAGCAUGUUCCCAUAACUGUUGCUGGAACAAGGAUCUCCGACGGGGAAUGGCUUUAUGCCGACACUGAUGGAAUCCUGAUCUCCAGAACAGAACUUUGUGUUUAGUUUAAGCUAAGCACAAAUUGGAUCACAGGAUGAUUACUCUGGCGGGGAUUUGUGACUUGGUUCGUGACCUUAAUCGAAACAUAAACAAAGCUAGCUUUGUUAGUUUCGAGCUGCGGACAUUGAGCCAUCCUUUCCCGUCUCUCUGUUGUAUUUGAAUCUUGCGUAGAUAUUCCUGUCAAAUGCUAUCGUAUCGUAUCGUAUCGUGUUGUAUGCACUUUUAAAAUGCUUCGAGUUUCUUUCCCAUUCUGCAUGAUGAUUGAACUUGAUGGUUUCGGUUAUAAGUCCCUGAAAUGAAGGUAUAUGACAGAUGGAAUUUGCAAUUCCAAA